ACUUUUCUCUCAUUAAUUUGCAAAAAAAAAAAUUUAAGCAGCAAAUUAAGAUGUAUUCAGGGUUCAAAAGUAUGCUUAAGAGAGGCCAAAAGGUGAAGGGCACAGUUGUGUUGAUGCAAACAAAUGUUUUCGACAUCAAUGCCAUCAAUGGUGCAACUAAAAACACCACUAAUUUGGUCAAAACUGGAAUCAAGGCUGUUGGUGGUGUCGCCGGCACUCUAAUUGACACCGCCGGGGCCUUUGUCGGCCGUUCUGUGGCUCUCAGGUUGAUCAGUGCUACCACUGCCGAUGGAAGCGGAAAAGGGAAAGUCGGAGAGAAAACAUUUAUUGAAGGUUUUGUUACUUCCAUGCCAAUUUUGGGAGCAGGACAGUCUGCAUAUGAUAUUCAUUUUGAAUGGAAUAGUGACAUGGGAGUUCCAGGAGCAUUUUAUAUUGAGAGUAACAUGACACGAGAAUUCUUCCUUGUAAGUUUGACACUUGAAGAUAUUCCAAACCAUGGAACCAUCAACUUUGUAUGCAACUCAUGGAUUUACAGUGCUGACAAGUAUAAAACGAAACGCAUCUUCUUCGCCAACAAGACAUACCUUCCAAGUGAAACACCAGCUCCAUUAGUCUACUAUAGAGAAGAAGAAUUGAAGACUUUAAGAGGAGAUGGAACGGGUCAGCGCAAGGAACACGAUAGAAUCUAUGACUACGAUGUUUACAAUGACUUGGGUGAUCCUGACAAGUACGCACACUUGGCUCGUCCCGUUAUUGGAGGAUCCGACACCUUGCCUUACCCUCGAAGGGGCAGAACCGGCAGGAAACCAGCUAAAAAAGAUCCUAAAAGUGAGAGACGGGACGACUUUGUUUACGUUCCAAGAGAUGAAGCAUUUGGUCACUUGAAGUCUUCAGAUUUUCUUGUUUACAUACUCAAAUCAGCUUCUCAAAGUUUCAUACCUCAAUUACAAUCUGCAAUUACAUUACAACUCAAUAAGCCAGAAUUUAAUAGCUUUGAUGAUGUGCGAUCAUUUUAUGAUGGUGGGAUUAAAUUACCUACUAGUAUACUUAGCAAACUUAGCCCCAUACCAUUUUUCAAGGAACUCUUCCGAACUGAUGGUGAAUCGGCCCUAAAGUUUCCACCGCCUAAAGUGAUUCAAGUUAAUCAGUCUGCGUGGAUGACUGAUGAAGAAUUUGCAAGGGAGAUGAUUGCUGGUGUGAAUCCACACAUUAUAAAAAGAAUUCAGGAGUUCCCACCAAAGAGCAAGCUAAAUACCGAUUAUGGUGAUAAUACGAGCACAAUAACCGAAGAACAGUUAGAGCUAAACAUGGAUGGGGUCACUGUAGAAGAAGCUAUCCAAAACAACAGGCUUUACAUACUUGAUCACCAUGACUCAAUAUAUCCAUAUCUGAGGAAAAUAAAUGCAGCUGAUACAACAAAGGCAUAUGCUACUAGAACUAUCAUUUUCUUACAAAAUGAUGGAACUUUGAAGCCAUUAGCCAUUGAGCUAAGUAGCCCACAUCCUCAGGCUGAUAGCUUUGGUCCUGUUAGUGAUGUUUACUUGCCUGCAAAGGAAGGUGUUGAAUCUUCUAUUUGGCUCCUUGCCAAGGCUUAUGUUAUUGUAAAUGACUCUUCUGUUCACCAACUUGUCAGCCACUGGUUGAACACGCACGCUGUUGUUGAGCCAUUCAUCAUAGCAACUAAUAGGCAUCUUAGUGUGGUUCACCCUAUUCACAAACUUCUGCUUCCACAUUAUCGUGACACAAUGAACAUUAAUGCACUUGCAAGGAGUGUCUUGGUAAAUGCAGAGGGUAUUAUAGAAUCAACAUUCUUAUUGGGAAGUCAUUCUAUAGAACUGUCUUCUGUAUUAUAUAAGGAUUGGGUUUUCCCAGAUCAAGGACUACCUAAUGAUCUACUUAAAAGAGGAGUGGCUGUUGAGGAUCCAACUUCCCCACAUGGAAUUCGCCUUCUGAUAGAGGACUACCCUUAUGCUGCUGAUGGACUAGAGAUAUGGGAUGCUAUCAAGUCAUGGGUUGAAGAAUAUGUGAAUUUCUACUACAAGUCAGAUGUUGCUGUUGCGCAAGAUUCUGAACUGCAAGCAUUUUGGAGAGAAGUUGUAGAGGUGGGUCAUGGUGAUUUGAAGAAUGCUACAUGGUGGUUUAAGAUGCAAACUUGUACAGAGUUGAUUGAAGCUUGCACUAUCCUCAUAUGGAUUGCUUCAGCACAUCAUGCAGCUGUUAAUUUUGGUCAAUACCCAUAUGGAGGAUAUAUACUUAACCGACCAACUAAGAGCCGGAGACACAUGCCUAAGAAAGGGUCUGCUGAGUAUGACGAGCUUUCUAAGAACUUUCAGAAGGCGUAUCUGAGGACAAUCACACCAAAAAAUGAUACCCUAACUGACCUUACAAUCAUAGAGGUCUUGUCAAGGCAUGCUUCUGAUGAGCAAUACCUUGGACAGAGAAAUGAAGGUGAGGCUUGGACUUUUGAUUCACAGCCAUUAGAAGCUUUCAAGAGGUUUGGAAGGAAGUUGGCUGAAAUUGAGGCAAAGCUCAUCAAAAGGAACAAUGAUGAGUCAUUGAGAAACCGAUACGGGCCUGUGAAGAUGCCAUACACUCUGCUUUAUCCUUCUAGUGAGGAAGGAUUGACUGGCAGAGGCAUUCCUAAUAGUAUCUCCAUUUAAUGAGUUUCAUUGUUUGUUCUGUUGCUUUAAAUAAAAUGUGUGAAGUAGUCAAAUUACCUCAUCAUGGUCAUGUUGUUAUGUUUGUUUGUUUGUUUGUUUGUUUGUUGGUAUUUAUGGUUUACUUUACAUCAAUAAGAAAUACUCAUGAUGUGUGUACCUCUUGUAUGUGUUAGACAUGUGAUAUGAAAUACAAGAGUUUAUGUUUGGAAAAAGUUAAUUAAUAACACCAAGGUUUGUGCAAA